UCCGGAUCAUCGUCGAUGAAGUCGCGAUCUGUCAAGCACACACUCACGGGCCACUGCGCAAAGGUGAUGGCGGCGAAGUUUCUUGGCGAGCCGUCGAAAGUAGUUACGGGAAGUUAUGAUCGGACUUUAAAAAUCUGGGAUCUGCGCAGCAAAGCAUGUAUAGAGACGAAAUUCGCUGGUUCAAGUUGUAAUGACCUCGUAACUUCGGACGGAGCUGGCUCUACGAUAAUCAGUGGUCAUUUUGAUCAAAGGAUCAGGUUUUGGGAUACUAGAGCUGAAUCCAGCUCAAAUGACAUUCUAUUGGAAGGAAAAGUUACAUCUUUAGAUUUAUCUCGCGACGCAAAUUACCUUUUGAGUUGCGUGAGAGAUGACACGGUGAAACUGAUUGAUCUACGGAUGAAGAAGAUUGUUGGAUCGUUCAGCGCUGACGGUUUCAAAGUGGGAUUCGAUUGGACAAGGGCUGCUUUCAGUCCUGACGGACAGUACAUAGCGGUUGGUUCCGCGGAUGGUUCCGUUUUCAUCUGGUCUAUAGCGACGAAUACAAUUGAAACAAUACUAAAGGGGCAUACGGCAGCAGUAACGGCCGUUUCUUGGCAUCCACAUGGCACAUAUUUAGCAUCUGUCGAUCGCGCCAAGACGGUGACGAUUUGGGGCGACCAUGUUUGACAGGAGGAGUGAUCCCGGGACAGACGAUUACUGUUUCACGCAUGAAGAUCUCGUGCCAUUCAUUGGCUUUUCGUAGCCGUGAAAAUGAAACGUGCUCACGUCAGCAAUCCCGCGAGAAAUCACAGUGGGCAUCCCAGCGGGAUAAUAAUCAAAAUCAUUGGUCGGUUUGGCCGCGCGGGUUGUAAAGCCUUGUAAGGAUGCCGUUUCGAAGUUAUAAAGCGCAGACACCGCACUGAACAAAUCCACAACGGCGGACUAUUGUACAUAAAAUUGCACUUAUUGUUACUCCCAGGUUGUAAAGAUUCCCUAUUUAGAAUAGUAACUUGCGCGCCACAGCCGUGCCGGAUCGUCUACCCCCCCCCCCAAGAAAUUUAAGAAAUUGUCGUAGAUUACUGAUGUUUUUCCGCGACUCGCUAGACGUAAGGUUUUCUUUUGCUAACUAUGAAGAAUACAGUCGCGUGUCAAUUGUCCAUAUGAAAAAAAUUCGGGAUUAAAGUUUAUAUAUGACAUCCAUGAUGCUAGAGUAAAAAUA